UACAGUAUUGUUGAUGGAGACGCAAGCUGUCAUGAUGUCUUCACAAUGGAUUCCUCUGGGAUUUUAUAUAUAAAUGAUACACAUAACUGCCUAGACUAUGAAAUAAGACCAGUUCAUACUUUACUGGUUCAGGCCUCAGAUGGGACACCAUUCUCACAUACCAGCAGAGCUUUGAUCAUGAUCAAUCUCAAAGACAGAGACAACAAACCUCCUGAGUUUUACUGGAAGACAUAUACUGCUGCUAUUAAAGAGAAUAUGAAAGUUGGAAGUUCAGUUGUCAAGGUUGGGGCAUCUGAUCCUGAUUCCACAAAUUUGAUAUAUGCAGCUGUCAAUUUCACAGAUGAAUUUGAAUUCCAACAAAAUAUGUUAGUAACAAAGAAAGAACUAGAUGCAGAAGUCCAUCAGAGGUAUAUGGUGAAUAUUUCUGUCACUGAUGGUACAAAUGGACAUGAUUAUGCUACUGUUGAAGUGUUGGUAGAAGAUGUGAAUGACAAUGUACCUUUCUUUACCUCCAGUCUGAAGAACUUCUCUAUCCCAGCUAAUGCCCUAGGUAAUAGGAGAGUUGGACAGUUGACUGCGAAAGAUAAAGACAUAUCGAAUGGAGGUUUUACAUUCUAUCUGGCAAAUGAAGAUCAUUUCAGGAUAGAUAACAGUACAGGAGAAUUGUUUGUUAUGGAUGAUCACAUUAAGUUUCAAGCUAAUGUAGAAUACAAUAUGACUGUCAAUGUCAUGGACCAUGGACAACCUCCAUUGACUACAUCGGCAGAAAUAAACAUUUUCAUUGACAUAACAAAUCACAACCCUCCAUAUUUCUUAAAUGAGCCGUACUCAAACAGCUUAAAAGAAAAUGCUAAUAUCAAUUCUAGUGUGAUUAUAGUUAAAGCUAAAGAUAAAGACCCCGGAGAUGCUGGAAUUGUCUGGUAUAAACUUGUUCCAAACUCAAAAUAUGAUGGCAAAUUCCAUAUUAAUGAAAACUCAGGGGAAAUAACUCUUGUGGGUAAGCUGGACUAUGAAGGGGUUCAACAUUACGAGUUAACUGUGCUGGCAAUAGACAAAGCUGAUGAUCCUAAAACUGCCACCACCCAUGUUCAAAUAUACAUAACUAAUGUUAAUGAAAAACCACAGUUCUUGGAAAAACUGGAUGGAUUAUGUGUAAAAUCUCCUAUAACUAGAGACCAACUAGUUGCUAUAGUUAAUGCAAGGGAUCCUGAUAAGAAUGAUGUUCUUAGUUACUCACUCAAUGAUACAAGACAUUUUAGAAUCGGAAAUGAAUCUGGUGAAAUCAGAGCAAAACUUGAAGUGGCUAGCAAUUUAACAAUAUCUGUCAUCGUCAAAGAUAAAGGCGGACUGAUGGAUACUAAAGAAAUAGAAUUAUACAAUAACCCCAGUCUUGUCAUCACACCCGCCAUUAUAACAGUGGACGUGACAGAAAACAGUACUGACCAUUACAUAACUAAAGUCAAUGCUAGUUCUAAACAGACACUCUCAUACACAUUAUUCAAUUCCACAGGAUUCACCAUUGAUUCUAAUGGUACUAUAACAUCUGAUGGACCACUAGACAGGGAGACUGAAACAAAGAAAAUAACAGUCAUACAUGUACAGGUCAACAGUUCUUCAAGUUCUUGUCUAGCGCAGGUCAACAUUAAUAUCCAAGACAUUAAUGACAAUCCACCACGAUUUGGGUUCCAGUAUGACACAAAAACUAUCCCAGAGAAUUUGUCAACAGGAACUUGUUUCUUUCCAUUACCUGUAGAAGACCCUGACUUAAAUACAAAGCUAAAUUUCAGUAUAAUAGAAGAUGAUUCACAUGGCAAGUUUGAAAUACAGCCAUACUCUAACCAAACAGGGGGAUGUCUUGUCUUAAAAACUAGUCUAGAUUAUGAAUCAAUGCCUGAUAAUCUAAACGGAUUAUACUCAUUAAAGGCAGAAGUAAGUGAUGGUAAAUACAGCAGUACAAGAGAGAUCAAGGUCCACAUACAAGAUAUCAACGAUAAUGAUCCUAUCUUCAAUCAAACACAGUAUUACGCUGAAAUCAGUGAAAAUGUACCUCAAUUUACCAGUAUAAUCCACAUGACAGCCUAUGAUAGAGAUGCUCUGGAUGAUGGGAAACUGAAAUACUCACUGGAAGGAGAUGAUAGUAUGUAUUUCAUCAUUCAAAACAAUAGCCAUUUUGGUGACUUAGAAGUGAACACUGAACUAAACAGAGAAAAUCGAUCAUCAUACACAGUGACAGUUAUUGCCCAUGAUUCUGACGGACAUACAGGAAGCACAAAUGUAAGCAUAACCGUUUUAGACGUCAAUGAAUUUAAACCAAAAUUCAACAAAGACUCAUAUUUGUUUACAACAUACGAAGGCCCUAGCAGUAAAGGUUUUGAUAUGGUGGUAUCUACAUCAGAUCCAGACUUGGGUGAAAAUGGAACAAAUAGUUUUACACUGAUAAAUGAUUAUGGUGGAUUGUUCAAUAUAACUACAUUACCAAAUAAUACUGGUGUUAUAACAGUAUUGAAGGAGCUUGAUAGAGAAUCUCAAAACAGUCAGAAAGAAAAUGGAACAGCUGUUUAUAGGUUACAUGUAAAAGCAUUGGAUCAUGGUAUCCCAGCUAAAUCUGAAGUCACAGUGGUGAUACUACAUGUAGAGGAUAUAAAUGAUUGUAAACCACAGUUUACCCAGCCUCACUACCAUGCUGAAGUGUUAGAGGGGUCACAUAAAGGGUUUUCUAUUCUGACUGUCACAGCCACUGAUUGUGAUUACUUAGACCAGUACAACAACAUAACAUUUAGUUUAACGGGCAAAGACUCAGAUCUAUUUGAGAUUAAUAAUAGUGGGGAGAUCCAUCUAAAUACCACUAUCAGUGUACAGUCACAUAAAGACAAGUUCAAUCUGACAAUUGUAGCCACUGAUUCAGCCAAUACUAACCAGGUCCCUCUGACUGUAUCGAUAACAGAUGUUAAUGAUCAUGACCCUGUAUUCACUCAUCCUAUCUACAAUUUUUCCACCCCUGAGACUGACGGCACUGGAGAUAUCGUGGUAGGAUCAGUGAGUGCAACUGAUGAAGAUUUAGGACAGAAUGGCGUUGUUACAUAUAGUAUCAUAUCUAUUGAUGUACAGCAUGUCUUCAAUAUUUCACAAGAUGGUACCAUUACAGUAAUAGGAGAAUUAGACAGAGAUCAGUGUAUCAGUAAUAGGUACCCAUUUACUGUUAUAGCCAGGGAUAAUGGAUCGUCAAAACGAACUGGUUACACAGAGGUGAUAGUUUAUGUAACAGACAUAAAUGACAACUCACCCGUGUUUACAGAGAAUUGGUACAAUGGCACUGUCCUAGAGAAUUCACCUGAUGAUACAGAAGUUAACAUUCUCCCACCAAUUAGUAGCACAGAUUCAGAUAGUGGUCAAAAUGGGACUAAAGGUAUCAGGUAUUCUAUAAUAGGAACAGAUCUUCCUUUUGACAUUAAUGAUAUCACUGGAGCAGUCUUCACCAAUGGGUCUGGUCUGGACAGAGAAAGUCAGUCUGAUUACACAAUACAAGUCAAAGCUGCUGACAGAUAUGGUUCAGGAAACAGUAAUGUUGUCAUGGUUACCAUAACAUUACUUGACAUCAAUGAUGAACCACCACAGUUCACCAAAAACAAUUAUAUAUUCUCUGUUAACGAAUCAGCUGCCGCAGGUCAAAAGGUCGGUGUUGUUAUGGCAACAGAUGAGGAUGUCAAUGGCAAUACAACUACGCGAUACAGAAUAGGAGCAGGAUCAGAUGGAAAGUUUUAUGUGGAUAUAUUGUCAGGUGUGAUAUAUACUAGUGGUGGAUUAGACAGGGAAAAGAAGGCUAGAUAUGAAUUAAAUAUAGAAGCUUUUGAUGGACAACAGAAAACAAACAGUACUGUUACUGUAUAUAUUGAGGAUGCUAAUGACAAUUGCCCUGUCUUCAAACCUCAGAAAUUAGUUGUCAAGGUACCAGAAAAUACCCAAAAUGCAUCUGUAGUCUAUAACCUGACUGCCACAGAUAUUGACCAGGGAGAAAAUGCUGCUGUCUCAUUCUAUUUGAAUAGUUCAGAUACUUCACCAUUUAUCAUUUCGGGUGACUAUCUGAUAUUAGAUGGAACUUUGGAUAGAGAAAUAAAGGAUGAGUAUACUGUUAAGAUUUAUGCCAAAGACAACGGAAUUCCGGCCUGUGUGGUCAGCUCAUAUUUAGAGGUCCAUGUAGAAGAUAUCAAUGACAAUAGUCCUAUAUUCUACAAUGCUGAUGGCAGUAUCAUAUACCAGGCUGAUGCUACCAUUAUUGAAAAGUCCCCUGUGGGGUCCCCCAUAUUACUACCAAGUGUUAAAGAUAAUGAUAUAGGUGAAAAUGCAGAGGUUGAAUUCUCAUUAUCAGCAGAAAAGCCAGACAUUUUGAAAUAUUUUGGAAUAAGUAAAAAAACUGGAGUGGUAACAAUCAAAGCACAAGUUGAUUUGAAUUCUUUGAACCGUUUACAUGUGUUGGACAAAAAUGCCACAAAAACAGCCGCUUUGGAAAUGUGGGUCGUAGCCACUGACAAAGGAAAGCCCAAAAUGUCAUCAGCAUUAAACUUGACUGUCACAGUAGAAGGUAUUAACGACCAAGCACCUGUUUUCUUAUCACCAGAAUAUGAUUACACAAUACCUGAGAAUGUAACAAUUGGCUCUGUUGUUGGUACAGUGGAGGCUAUUGUGGAAAAUGGAACAAAUCAUAAACUUCACUACUCAUUAAUCCCUAACUCUGAGUCUAACGAGUUCUUCAGAGUAGCAGAAAUAUCUGGUAAUAUAACAACCUUGGCUACCAUUGAUAGAGAGAAGACACCUGCUUUUCAUUUUGCUGUUCAAGUUAAAGAUGGCAAAAUCCCAGAAAGAACAGCUUAUACAAUGGUUACAGUUACAGUUACUGAUGUUAAUGACAACCAUCCAGAGUUCAAACAAAGGUCAUAUGAAUAUAUAAUUGAAGAGAACAUCAUAUCACCAGGGAUAUUUGUCACAGCAACAGAUGCUGAUAGUGGUUUAAAUGGAAAUGUUUCAUAUUCAUUGGUUAGAAAUCCAGGUAACCAGUUCCUUCUGAAUGAACAAACAGGAAUGCUGAAUGUCAAUGGAACUUUAGACAGAGAAGAAAAAACUUGUUACAACUUAUCUGUACUUGCUGUAGACCAUGGAAUUAAUCCUCUAACAAGUUCUGUCUUGGUCAUAGUAACUGUUACAGAUCAGAAUGACAAUGCUCCAAAGUUUACAACUAACAACAGAACUUACUAUGUCAAAGAAAAUCAGCAUCCAGGACAGCUUGUGUGUGACAUAAAAGCUGAGGAUCCUGACCAUGGUGUGAAUGGUUCAGUUAUCUACAUGUUUUCUGGAAAUACAUACCCACAGUUUAACAUAGAACCAAUGAGUGGUAAAAUUACAACAUUGGUUAGUCUGGACUAUGAAGUAAAGUCUGUCUAUAACCUGACAGUGGUUGCCAUGGAUCUAGGUACACCUUCAUUGAACUCAACCUUUGACCUCACUGUAAUGGUACAAGAUGUGUAUGAUACAGCACCACAAUUUACACGUAGUUUAUAUGAGAGAACAAUAGAUGUUAAUACACCUACAUCUACAGUGAUACUGGGUGUUACAGCUGGGCAGUACAUUAAAGACUAUAAAAUAGAAGAUGGAAACAGUGGAAAUCAUUUUGAUAUAAAUCCAGCAUCAGGGGUAAUAACUCUGUCAAGCAGAUUAGGUACAAGUGUACUUGAGUAUAAACUGAAUAUUUCUGCAACUGAUCAUAUUCAGACAAAAUAUACACAGGUUUUGAUUCAUGUAACAACCAGUUUUGUACAGAUGAAAAAUAACACCUUCACAGCUACUAUACCAGAAAAUAUGAACACUACCACACAACUAAUAGAUCUGAACUACACUGAUGGUAGUAAUACAGUAUUCUCAUACCAGAUUAUACAAAUAAUACCAGACGUGUUGGACACAUUUAGAUUAAACCAGACAACAGGAGAAUUGUACUGUAUAAAACAACUAGACAGGGAGGAUAUAAAUCAAUAUACCUUUUAUAUCAGGGCUGUUCCAUCAUCUAACAGAGUUAAAAGAUCUGUAAAAGACUCACCAGGUGACAUUAAAGUGGUUGUUUAUGUGCAAGAUGAGAAUGACAACUCCCCAAGAUUCUCUGCUGGCCCAGUACUAACAAUGGGUGUGUCAGAUACAACAUCUGUAGGGGACCUUGUGACUACACUUAAGGCUGAGGACGUAGAUAUAGGAGAUACAAUCCAGUAUCAGAUAAAUGGUGGACAAGAUAAAGACAGCUUCAGUAUAGAGAAUUCUACAGGCAAGAUCUACAGUCGUAUCAAAGUAGAUACUGGUAAAACUUAUACUGUCAUAGUUACUGCUGAUGAUGGCAAGUUCUCUACUGAUAUUACAGUCAAGUUUUUGGUGAUUUCAAGUUCAGACAAAGUUGUAUUAACUAUACCAAUCGCACUGCCUGAGUUUGAAUCCAAGAGUAAAACUAUUAUGAGAAAUAUAAGUCAUAUUGUUGGAUUUAAAGUUGAACUUGAAAAAAGUGGUGUUCAUGUUGAUUCUAAAACUCAUCUUGAUUGGUCAAAGACAGACAUUUACUUCCAUGGUAUCAAUGAGACAGGAGGAUUCAUACUACCUCAGCAGACAUCAUUCAGAAUAAUUCAUGAGAAGAGUAAAGAGAUUGCUUCCUUAUUUAGUCCACCUGAAAUAAAAGUGAUAACAUAUCAUUCCCCACUGGUGCCUCACAAGAUGUCAGAGGCAGAAAUAGCAUUGUUGACAAUAGGUGUUGUCAUAUUAGUUUCCAGUUUACUGGCUUUAAUAGCUGCUAACUAUACUUGGAAACAAUUUAAGAGAUCACACACAACAGCAAAAGACAAACAAUGGGAACUGAACAGUAUUAAUUCCUCCCAUGCCAAUGGCUCAGUAGUUAUGAGACAGAAUGACAACGGAUAUAUCAACCCAGCCUUUACUGAAACAAGGUUUACUGAAAGGGAAGAUCAACUGCCUGCUACUAACGUGAUUGAAAGUGAGACUGUUCGCAGGAAGAGAGAGUAUGAAUCACAAGAAGUUGUCUUAGAUCUUCCACUGGAACCUAUAGAUGCAGGUCUACAACCUCCUGCCAUUGAUGGAGCUAGGGAGAUGAGUCUGAAUGGCUAUGACAGUGGGUUAGAGAAUGAGAUAGAUUCCACGUCAUCAGCCAGCGGUAAUGCAGAGGAUGCUCUACAGGAUAAGGAGAUCAGGAUUGAGACCGUGGUCGAAGGAUCGGAGAAAGGAGAUAAUGAUAAUACAAUAGGAGCUGGUCCAUCUCACGGACAGGAGGUGUUUACAUUUGAUAUGGAAACAGGAGACACUGAUGAUGAUAUUGAUGAUGAUGAAGUGGAAGACAAUGGAAUUAAAAGACGAAAAAGUUCUAAAAAGAAAUUUAAUAGAGUUAUGACAGUCUUUCCUUCUAAGAUUGAAGCAAGUGAUACUGAUACAGAUGACAAUCCAGAUCAAAGUUCAUCUCAUAAACAUUUAAGUAGAAAAACUGAUAGUGAACUGGAAGGAAGUCAAGAUCGGAAAUCAGGGGAGAUAAUUUCUACAAAAGAAGAUUCAAAUUCAGAUUUAAAACAAAAAGUUAAAUUUGAAACACUGCCCGACCAGAAUGAACAAAUAUACAAAGCAGAAAAUGAAGAGAAGGAGGAGGAGGGGGAAAUUGAAAUAACAUCAUUUUAAUUGCUUUCUAUCGUUGUAACCUGAAGAUAUACUUUUACAUUGGUUGUGUUUUCUAAUCUUCUUUCCUCUGUCUUGUCAAGGAUUUGUAUAGUAAGAUUCUUUACAAAUGUUUGGUCUUGGUUAUAUGAAAUAAUUUUCUGCUGAUUAAUGCAAUUAAUUUAAAAAUACAAAUUACAAUUGCAGUCAUUUCUCACAUCACAAAGGUUCCUGUAACAACAAAAGUUCAAGUUGUGCAUAUUUCCUAAUAGAAAAAAGGUGUAUAAAACAGUUUUAAUAUGAAUAUAACACAUGUGUUUCUUACACCUAAUACAACUGUUAAAAAAACCAUGUGAAGAAUUUGGAAUUGAGGUCAGAGAAAGUCUACAUAAUUAUAUUCAUGCAUAGUCAUGUAUGAGUGAGAAUAGACUCGUAUAUGCCAACACUUGUUUAUGUUUGCUCAGUAAAUGUUAAAAGUGCAAUAUUUGAUUUUCAACCCGAGUGCCUUAUUAACCAAUAAAUAUGAACUAUUUUUUAAUGCUAUAUUGAUAUACAAUUUAUAUGUGAUUUUUAUAAAUCUAUGAAUUAGAAAAUAUACAUUUUUUUACAUUUUGUGUGUUUUAUCAUGUACAAUAUUGCCCUAUUGGCCUUUGUUGUUGAGUUGUCUUGGUUGAUGGAGACAAACAUUUUGGAAAACAAAAAUACGAUAAAAGGUACAGGUAACAGAGUUUGUUGUCAUGCUACAGAUAGUUGUUCAAAUAUCUCGAUCGCUAAAAAAUAUUCGAACUAGCUCUCGCCGCGAUAUAGCCUUGUUGUGCUAAUGAGGCGUAAAGCAACCAACAAUCAAUCAAUCAAAUAUCUCGUAUUGGAUUGCACAAGACAGAAAACUUUAUG